UCAGUUUGUCGCACACCCCCGCGACAUUCGCUUCGCGGCUCCGUAGGUGCCCGGUGUCUUCUGUAUACUUGCAGUGCAGCGAGUUCGAUCGCCCAGCGGCGGCGGCAAAUUACUUCCCGACAGAAUCCUCGGAGACGUAGGGACCAUUUUUCUCCGAAGGAAAUUCCGCUCAGGAAAAAACAAGAAAUUGUUUUAGAUUACUAAAAGAAGGGUAUAGAGCCGAUAUCUUGGUCAUUGAAGGUAAUAGAAUCGCGGUGCUUUUGAUUUUCGCCAACAUACCUCUGUCUGUCAACUUACUCAUGUAUUUUUCAAAAUUCAGUCUUAAGUUACUUGUCGAGUGACUCACACAAGCGAUAGAGUAUCGUUCUUCAAUCGUUCACUUUCAUAAUGAGCGCAUAAACUGUUUUAUAAUCUAAAAUCAUCAAGCCACUGUAAUAAAUUCACAACAAUUUUCUAUGUUUUAUGUGUGCAUGGUUUACCUUCCAUUUGAUCGACGAAAAAAAUUGAGGGAUGUUCAACAGGCCGCAAAGUGCUACCACCAGACAGGAGAUUGAGAUGAUCAAUAAGGCCCAGCGGGCCGUGAUCAACACAACGGAUACCAUGGAGAAACUGCGUCUGCUCUGCCUGGCCAGGGGUGCUCACGGCAUCCUCGGCCUCGGCAGAGUAUUUCGACGAAUGGAUGAAGAUGGAAACAAGCAACUAAGUCAAGAUGAACUGUCGGAGGGACUCAAGGAAUGCGGGUUAGAACUUUCAGAUGAAGAAAUUACUGAAAUGUUUAAUAAGUUGGAUGCUGAUGGCAGUGGGGGCGUCAACAUCGAAGAAUUCAUUGUUGCUGUCAGACCACCCAUGAAUGAUAGCAGAAAAAAGAUUGUAGAGUUGGCAUUUCAAAAGUUGGAUAAAACCGGCGAUGGUGAAAUUAAUAUUGAUGAUUUAAAAGGCGUUUAUAAUGUAAAAUGUCAUCCUCGUUACAUCAGUGGCGAAGAGAGCGAAGAGAGUAUAAUGAAUAAAUUCCUUGCAAAUUUUGAACAAAAUGCAACAAAAGAUGGAAUUGUAACUUUUGACGAAUUUAUAAACUAUUACAGCGCUAUUAGUGCAAGUAUCGAUAAUGAUGCCUACUUCGAUUUGAUGAUGCGCAAUGCCUACAAAUUAUAAGAACAUUUUUUAAGAUUGAACAAGAAUACAUAUAGCACAGUUUCUGAAUCAUGCAAAAGAAUUUUUUUAACGUUUGUAAGUACAUACAUAGGUAUGAAACAGAAGUGUACAAGAAAAAUAAUUCAAAUAUAGAAAAAUGGAUAUAGUUGAGCAUUAAAAUUAAAUGAUGGAUUAUUAAAAUAAUUAAUUAAGUAAGACACUAUGCUCUUUUGAGUUAUAAUAUUAUUAAAAGAUUGCUUGCUUCUACAAAGUAUCUGAACAUUCCAUAAUUCUGUGUAAAAGAGGUUUAAUAAUUCAAAUUAUAUUCUUUAGUUUUGUUAUGUUAUAAUAAAUAAAAUACUCAAAAUUCACA